GCAUCGAUCCCUCAAACAUCCACCAACCCAUCCAUCUGCACAUCGUGCUUCUUCCUUCGCAAGGUUUUCUCUCGCUUCAAAUUAAUUCCACACUGUGCUCAGCCUGUGCGCAGUCCCUGACAUGGACGCCGACUUUUGCGGCCAAAUCCGCGCCGCUGUGGCGGCCGACCGAGAGACGGUGCGUCGCCUCAUUUGCGACAUUCCUCCCGCCGCCGAACCUGUCGGGGAUUACGUCACAGAUCUCCAAGAGCGUUGCCGACUUUUCGACGAGUUGCGCCAGCUUUAUCAGCAGCAUGGCCGAUCGCCACCAAAUGCGGCAACAUUGGGCUUUGUCAUGGUUGCGCCCAUCUCAGAAGUUCGUUCGCAGAUAUCUACUUUGCAGACGAUGCCACACCUCUUUGUCUUGGGCGGUCUGGUCUUGGAGGCCCCACUGGCAAUGGCUGCCUACAUUCCCAAACCCCGCGCUGCUGCUGUUCCUCCAUCAUCGAUACCCAUGCCAGCAUCCUCAGCGACUUUGAACGAGCCGAACACGCCCACUCCCGCCGAUCAGGUGAAAAGGAGUGGCGCCGCAGCGCGCCAUGCUAAAGAACGGGAUGGGAAUGUUUGUCUCUUCUCCGGAACGAGCGAUCCUGCGGCGGCACAUAUUUUCCCAUUUGCGACAAGCGAGAAGAGGCAAUUCGCAAGCAUCGCUGUAUUGCUCCAGGCCUUUUGGGGCGCCGAAAAGGCCAAGGCCUGGUGUAAGCAUUUUGAGGAUGCGGGCAUCACCCAGUCGCCCCAAAACUACCUCUCGCUGAACCACCAGAUCCAUUUCUGGUUCGACAACGCCCGGUUCGCCCUGAAGCCCCUCCGCCACACGCCCAAUGAAGUGGUUGUGCAGUGGCACUGGUUGAAGAGAUCCGCCUUGCUCCCACGGACCGAGAUCGGCCAGGCCCAAGAUGCCUUUUUGGCCCUGGCUGGGUUGAAUGACAUGACGUGGGGUUUGUGUCUGGCGCAUCGAAGGAGCGGCGUACCCAUCCAAACCGGACAAACAUUCGUCAUCCGAGCCGAGAAGCCUGAGGACUUGCCUAGCUUCGAGCUGUUGGAGGUGCAGUGGAAUCUGCUACGGGUGGCUGCAAUCUGUGGGGCGGCAAAUGUCAUUGACGCCUCCUACUAUGACCUGGACGACGACGAGGUGGCACACCUCGUCGUUUCAGGACGAGAUGAGAUAGUCACGACUGGGCAAAACGAGGUUGUCACCGAGGCCCCCGAAGGCUCCGAAUCAGGCUCACCAUCCGAGCAGAUCGAGCAGACACUGCCGCACCACCACCAAACCCACGCCGCUAAGGCAUUCCGUAACGGCUAGGACACAUUGCGAGACUGGGCGAUGAAGCGGCGACCGACGCUGGCGACCGAGUCAGUACGCGGUGCCGAGUUGGUGGACGGGGCUAGGUUGGCAGGUGGAGAUGAGUCGGUUCGU